GAAGAAUGGGAUGGAAAAAAAAAAAAAAAUUAGAUCAUCAACAGAGCAAAGUCAGUCGCUCUCUUGCUUUACUCGCUAAAAGCCUAAAGCCCCUCCCCACCACCUCCUCGCCUCACAUGGCUCCACCACCACCUCCGCCGCCACGGCCACCGCCCUCGCGCCCCUCGCCGUCGCUCCCCCUCCUCCUCCUCCUCCUCCUCCUCCUCUCCGCGGCGGCCACCCCCGCGAGGGCCGCGUCGUGGUGCGUGGCCCGGACCGACGCGAGCGAGCAGGCGCUCCAGAGGGCCCUCGACUACGCGUGCGGGUCCGGGGCCGACUGCGCCCCGAUACAGUCGAGCGGCCUGUGUUACCUGCCGAACUCGUUGCUGGCCCACGCCUCCUACGCCUUCAACAGCUUCUACCAGCGCAAGGCCAUGGCCCCCGGCAGCUGCGACUUCGCCGGCACGGCCACCGUCGCCGCCUCCGACCCAAGUUACGGAUCCUGCGUGUAUCCAUCGUCUCUGAGCACAGCAGGAGGGACCACCACGCCGUCCACCACUUUCCCGACGUCGCCGACCACUGUCGUGCCGAAUGCACCGACGAUACCCAUAUUUUCUCCUCCCACGAACUACGGCGGCACAGUAGGGGGAGUGCCAUAUGGGGGAGCGACUCCUUCCAUCGCCACGAAACCGUUUGAAGCUUCCUGGCGAUGCUCGGCCUUGGCCGGCUUGGCAAUCUUUUGUAUUUGGCUAAUUUUAUGAGCCUGAGUUGGCAUAUAUUGUUGGUAAUGCUUCAGUUUUGGUAGAAAAAUGGGGACCCUCUCACUC